AGUUGAUUAGAUAUGGUCCGUUCGUUUGCCGCUCUAUAAGAACAAUAAGAUGGCUCACCUAACCAUGCAACUUUUUUUUUUCUCUCAUCCCACAACAUUCUCAUCGUCGGCUCUUGCUAGCUACUCUCCUCAUGGAGCAGCCCCUCCUUUCAAAUCCCAAUCCCUCCACUACUACCGACUCUCCUACAGCGGAAUCUGCUCCCCCCACGACCCUCGCUGGCCUCGCCUUCGUCUUCAUCCUCGCAGCAAUGUCCCUCUGGGCAAACCUCGAAGCCAGUGAAGGCUUCGACAUCACCAUCCUCAACGCCGCGCCCCCCGGUACUCUCGCCGCCCGGCGCUUCGAUCUCCUCUUUGUCUCCAACGGCAAGGCUUCCCAGAUUCUCCAGAACGCCAGCGAAUUCGUGGAACGCAUCCUCUACCCAAAUGAACUGUACCCGCGCAAGCCAGUCCGCAGCGUGACCCUCCGCCUGGCCGGACACAACCUCAGCGAAGUCGUGACAGUCGGUCAUGGUGAUGAUUCCCAACGUCCCGGCGACUUCGUGAUCGUCGUUAGCCCCACUGCCAUGGCCGACCCCAAUCCGGGCUUGGCGUUGGGCUCGGCGGUGCAGCGGGCCAUGGCUCGCGUCUGGCUCUGGGACGGGCAGGGCGCGGCGCCGAAGUGGCUCAUGGACGCCAUGGUGGAGUACCUCAGCUUGUCGGCCGGGUUAGUCGGCGACGCCGUUCCACUCCGACCUGGUGGUCCAUGUUGGGGGGAGGAGGAGGAGCCCGUGGGUACCGCGCGAUUUUUGAAGUACUGCGAGGAGAGGAGAAGCGGGUUCAUAGCUAGGCUGAACCGAGCCAUGAGGAAGCACUGGAGCGAGAUCAUGGUGGACGUGGCUUUGGGCUCAUCGUCUCAGUGGCUGUGCUCCGCCUAUCAAUCGAGGAUACGGCAGCGAGGGGAGCUCUCUGGUUCCAGGUCAGUGUUGGGUCUGAGCCAGGCCAUGUGAAAAAAUUGAUGGGAACAGGGACUGAAAUUUGGAAUCAUUCAUGCGCGAUGCGAGGGAACUGUCACCAGGAGAUGGGGACCCAAUGAACACCAGAGUGGGCCACGUAGUUUGUAUUUGCAAUAAAUAGGUCCGGGCGUAGGUAGGCCCACUGAUAUGAUACACAUUUGGUGCUACACUAAUGAUUAUGUCCUGUUCCAUUUUUAUCUCCCGGGUCUUGUUUUCUUUUCUUCGUUUUUUUUGUUAUUAUCUCGGUGAAUUGCAUUGGUGGGGUUUCCCCUCCCUUUCUGUCUCAAAAAA